UCUGUGGGAGCGGUAGUCCGGACGCACGAUUCACAGCGCCGCGUGCGCCCCGGGCUCGCCGUAGCCGCGGGGCCCCGGCCGGGCGCUACGCUACGGAGGCGACGUAGGGCGGGCGCUGGACGCGGACUGGGUUCAGCCGGGUCUGGGCGUUCGGCGGUUCCGCCACUUAGCGCGGAAGGCCAGUGGGGCAGCGCGGCGGGUGGCAGAAGUUGUGGGUCGGCUGGCAGGGGCGAGCGGGCCGGAGGCCGCGCCGCCAAGGCCGCAGGGACGGAGGAAGCGCUGCCGGGUUGCGGAGCCCAGCUGCCCUGUAUCCUGUGUGGGUGCUCACCUCCCUCCAUGCUCCAGCCGCGUGUGACCAGGCCCGGCUCUCAGCUUGGCCUCCGUCGAGGGGGCCAUGGGGAGCUCCGCCUCCUCGCUGGCCACCGAGACCGAGUCGGACCAUGGCUUCCCUGGGGGGCCGCCCUACCCGGGACCCCCGGCAACGGCCGGCUGGUGUAGGAGCGGCCCCGGGGGGCCUCUCUGGGGCGGUGCCCUGGUCACCCGGCAGCACCAGCCCCUACGCCCCCGAGCCCGAAGCCACACACACUCGCCUGGGUCCAUGGCCGCCGUUGGGGAGUGGUCCUGCGCACGCUGCACAUUCCUGAACCCGGCCGGCCAGCGCCAGUGCUCCAUCUGUGAGGCCCCCCGGCACAAGCCUGACCUCGACCAGAUCUUGCGGCUCAGUGUUGAAGAGCAGAAAUGGCCCUGCGCCCGAUGCACAUUCCGGAACUUCCUAGGCAAGGAGGCCUGCGAGGUGUGUGGCUUUGCCCCGGAACCCGUGCCUGGCACCUCCCUGCUGCCAGUCAUCAAUGGGGUCCUACCCAAGCCACCCACCAUCCUGGUAGAGCCCAAGAGCAGCUGCAAGGAGGAGGCGGGUCCAGUGCAGACAGAGGGACUAGUGGCCAUGGAGCUGGCUGGGGGUCAGCCAGAGGAGAAGGAGGAGGGGGCAACAGAACCCAGGAGCGGCUGGGCCUGCCCGCGCUGCACACUGCACAACACACCUAUGGCCAGCUCCUGCUCUGCCUGCGGGGGACCCCGAAAACUCUCACUACCUAGGAUCCCUCCCGAGGCCCUGGUGGUCCCUGAAGUUGUGGCGCCUGCUGGCUUCCAUGUCACACCUGCCCCACCCCAGCCUGGGGAAGGUGCCGAGGCCGACCCUCCCUCUGCCAACGACCAGGAGCUUCCCCGGAUGCUGCCCUUUAGCCCCUUCUCGCCCACCCUGCAAAACAACCCCGUGCCUCGCAGCCGCCGUGAGGUACCCCCGCAGCUGCAGCCACUGGUGCCUGAGGCCACCCAGCCCACUGGCUCCAAGGGGCCCCCCCAGGGCCCAGGACGUACUGCAACAGGAGCCUCCCGCUUAGCAGAGCUGCUUUCAGGCAAACGACUGAGCGCUCUGGAGGAGGAGGUGGCUGAGGGCAGCCCUGGGUUGCGCCGGUGCAGCUCUUGCUCCACACCGAGCCCCACAAGCCUGUGUGAAGCCUGUGGUGCCAUGCCAGGCACCGAUGUCAUUGACCUGGCAGGUGACAUUGUGCGCUACACGCCAGCCAGCCCCUCUAGCCCCGACUUCAGCACCUGGUCAUGUGCCAAGUGCACGCUCAAGAACCCCACAGUGGCCCCCAGGUGCACAGCGUGCGGCUGCUCCAAGCUGCAUGGCUUCCAGGAGCACAGCGAGUCCAUUGCCCGCUGUCCUGACUGCAGCACUGACAAGCCUGGCCUCUGCACGGCCCACAAGGCCUGCCGCCUCUUUCCUGAGGCACCUUCUGAGCGGCCAGGCCAGUGGGCCUGCCCUGCCUGCACUCUGCUCAACACACCCCGGGCUAAGCACUGUGCCGCCUGCCACACACCCCAGCUCCUAGUGGCCCAGCGCCGAGGAGUCGCACCCCUGAGGCGCAGGGAGAGUAUGCAUGUGGAGAAGCGGCGGCAGACGGACGAGGGUGAGGCCAAAGCUCUCUGGGAGAACAUCGUGGCCUUCUGCCGGGAGAACAGCGUGAACUUUGUAGAUGACAGCUUCCCCCCUGGGCCUGAGUCUGUGGGCUUCCCUGUGGGUGACAGCGUCCAGCAACGUGUGAGACAGUGGCUACGGCCCCACGAGAUCAAUUGCUCAGUCUUCAGGGACCACAGCACCUCGUGGUCCGUGUUUCACACUCUCCGGCCCUCAGACAUCCUACAGGGACUGCUGGGGAACUGCUGGUUCCUGAGUGCUCUGGCGGUGUUGGCCGAGCGGCCUGACCUGGUUGAGCGGGUGAUGGUCACUCGCAGCCUGUGUGAGGAGGGUGCCUACCAAGUGCGGCUCUGCAAGGAUGGCACAUGGACAACGGUGCUGGUGGAUGACAUGCUGCCCUGCGAUGAGGCCGGCUUCCUCCUCUUCUCGCAGGCCCAGCGGAAGCAGCUGUGGGUGGCCCUCAUCGAGAAGGCGCUGGCCAAGCUUCACGGCUCCUACUUUGCCCUCCAGGCAGGGCGUGCCAUCGAAGGCCUGGCCACACUCACCGGCGCCCCCUGUGAGAGCCUGGCGCUGCAGGUCAGCUCCACUAACCCCCGCGAGGAACCCGUUGACACUGACCUCAUCUGGGCCAAAAUGCUGAGUUCUAAGGAGGCUGGGUUCCUCAUGGGUGCCUCUUGUGGGGGGGGCAACAUGAAAGUAGAUGAUGCUACCUACGAGAGCCUGGGCCUGCGUCCCCGCCACGCCUACUCCAUCCUGGAUGUCCGCGAUGUCCAGGGCUCCAGGCUCCUGCGUCUCCGGAACCCAUGGGGCCGCUUUUCCUGGAACGGCAGCUGGUCGGAUGAGUGGCCACACUGGCCAAGUCACCUGCGUGGCGAGCUCAUGCCACAUGGCAGCAGUGAGGGUGUCUUCUGGAUGGAGUACAGUGACUUCAUCAGGUACUUCGACUCUGUGGACAUCUGCAAGGUGCACUCUGACUGGCAGGAGGUACGGGUGCAGGGCUGUUUCCCCAGCUCGGCCAGUGGGCCCGUGGGGGUGACAGCGCUUACUGUGCUGGAGCGAGCAUCGCUGGAGUUCGCCCUCUUCCAGGAGGGCAGCAGGCGUGCAGACUCGGCAGACAGCCACCUCCUAGACCUGUGUGUCCUGGUGUUCCGGGCCUCCUUUGGCAGCGGUGGCCGCCUGAGCCUGGGCCGCCUGCUGGCCCACAGCAAGCGUGCCGUCAAGAAGUUUGUCAACUGUGAUGUGAUGCUGGAGCCCGGCGAAUAUGCUGUGGUGUGCUGUGCCUUCAACCACUGGAGCCCCACUGCACCGGGGCCCCCGGCCGCCCCUCAGGGUAACGCCGCCCACCCCCACCCUGACCCCGGACCCUCCCCACCACAGCGCCCCAGGCCCCCCUCACUCACAACCCCCACAGCCUCCAGCCCCUCCAUGGGAGUUCCUCGCUGCUCCCCAGAGCCGCCUGGCCAUGUGCUGGCUGUGUACAGCUCAAGGCUGGUCAUGGUGGAGCCUGUAGAGGCCCAGCCCACCACGCUGGCUGACGCCAUCAUCCUGCUCACGGAGAGUCGGGGAGAGAGGCAUGAGGGUCGCGAGGGCAUGACCUGCUACUACCUGACUCACGGCUGGGCAGGGCUCAUCGUGGUCGUAGAGAACCGGCACCCCAAGUCCUACCUGCAUGUGCAGUGCGACUGCUCUGACAGCUUCAAUGUGGUAUCCACUCGAGGCAGCCUGCGCACCCAGGACAGUGUGCCACCCCUGCACAGGCAGGUCCUCGUGAUCCUGUCCCAGCUCGAGGGCAACGCUGGCUUUUCCAUCACCCACCGCCUGGCACACCGCAAGGCAGCCCAGGCCUUCCUCAGCGACUGGACAGCCUCCAGGGGCACCCACAGCCCCCCACUCACGCCGGAGGUCGCUGGCCUGCAUGGGCCCCGGCCGUUGUGACCACUUCGCCCUUGCCUGCCCGCCCCCUCCCCCAACAUGCACUUUAAGAGGGAGACCCCAACAGAGGACGCUUGAACCAGAAUCUCAGGACCCUGCCCAGGGAGCCACCAGCCAUGGGGCACAGCUUCCCCUGGGCCUUCUUCCAUGCCCCUCCCUCUUGUCCAGGGCCUCCCAGCCACCAAGCAGAAUACCUUGAAUCCACUUCUAGCGUGAGGGAUCUGUGCAUCAGCCCCUAUGAGUGGUUUGCCUCGAGGUUGAGUUCAGGUGAGCCAGGGCUGAGAUGAGGCUGCCCCUUCCCCCAUGGGCCUGGGGCCUCCAGCCUGUGUGAGGCAGCCAAGAGCUCCAUUCACAAAACCAAGUCUGGGUAGGUCAGAGGCUAGGACCCUAAGGUGAGCAGGGACUAUCUCCUCUGUGAGGCACGAAGUCAGGAGACUUCUCUCCCCAGCUUGCCCUCAGAACCCAUCUUCACACACUCCCACCUCCACAAGGCAAGCAGGGGUCCCAGGAGUCCCAGCAUUGUGUCCCAGGAGGCAGGUACCUGGUGACCAUGGGCUCAGGACCAGGGUUGGGGAGGGCCCCAGCUGCCCCUCUGGCAAUACUAUGCAAUUCCUGGAGUAGUCUCCAGGAUCGAAGCCAUGCCCUGGGGGCUGCUGGUCAGGAGCUACUAUUCGGUGAGGUGGUUUGUCCUCAGCACCACCUGACCUCUGCCAGGAGGACCAAGGUCCAACAGAAAUCCUUGGCCAGCCCUGUCCAGGUACACGUGGGGUUUCCCUCCUAGCCCCUCCUCUGCCUCAGAAGCCCAGGGAGCUGGACUGCCUCCCGGCCAUCCUUCCCCAUGGCUGCUUGAAGUCCUGCUUCUGCCUGUGAACAUCUGAGGCUAGCUUUCAGGGGCCCGCCUGGCCUCACUGCCCUGCAGCCCCAGGCAGCUGGCAGCCCUACCCACCGCCUCUCACUUCCUGUGGGGUUUGCAGGGGUUUUUACACCUGGAGAAACACCGGGACGCACUACACUCCCUUUAGGGCCUCCUUUAUAUUUUCUCCUUUUACUCUGAGCUGUGAAUAUUUUUAACCCUGUACAUAUGGCCAGCUCUUCUGAUGCAGAGACUAUUUUAUCAGUCGGUCCCCAGCCCUGUAGAAUGAUUCUCCAUGGGUGUUUCCAGACUCAGGCUCUGAUGGACCAAAUGAAAAUGUUUUGUUUUGUAAUGA